AGGUAGCGUUUUCCGCUGACUUGGCAGCCCUCAGGGAGCUCUGAGCCGGUGUCGCCUGUGCAGACUACACCUCAAGGGAGCGGACGGCAGCGGCACUUCGACACCAAUUACCAUGUUUUCCAGACUUGCCAAGCCCCAGACUGCCAAUGUUCUUGGUCAGCUGGUCAAGAACUUCUCCACCACCAAUGCUGCCAACAGGAAGGUUGCUGUCAUGGGUGCCAGUGGAGGCAUUGGGCAGCCACUCUCCCUUCUCCUGAAGAACUCCCCCUUGGUCACCGAACUCUCCCUUUACGAUAUUGUGCACACGCCAGGAGUAGCUGCUGACCUCUCCCACAUCAACUCCCCAGCCAAGGUCACUGGCUAUGUUGGACCCGACCAGCUUGCAGAUUCUCUAAAGGGAUGUGAAGUUGUUGUCAUCCCUGCUGGAGUUCCCCGCAAACCUGGCAUGACCAGAGAUGAUCUUUUCAACACUAAUGCCUCUAUUGUUGCAAACUUGGCCAAGGCUUGUGCUGAAAAUUGCCCCAAGGCUAUGAUCUGCAUCAUCUCAAAUCCAGUUAACAGCACAGUCCCCAUUGCAUCUGAAGUGUACAAGAAGGCUGGUGUUGAUGCAAGCCGCAUCUUCGGUGUAACUACUCUGGAUAUUGUCCGAGCAAAUGCUUUUGUUGCCGAGUUGAAGGGUCUGGAUCCCAUGUCUGUAAAUGUGCCUGUUAUUGGAGGUCAUGCAGGCAUCACUAUCAUCCCACUGAUUUCACAGGCAUCACCCUCAGUACAGUUCCCAGAGGAUCAGCUGAAGGCACUGACUGAGAGGAUUCAGGAUGCUGGCACUGAGGUGGUGAAGGCCAAGGCUGGAGCAGGAUCAGCAACACUCUCCAUGGCAUUUGCUGGGGCUCGCUUUGCCUUCUCUAUGAUUAAGGCCAUGAAUGGAGAGCAGGGUGUCGUGGAAUGUGCUUAUGUCAGGUCCGACCUCACUGAAGCCACCUACUUCUCCACUCCCAUUGUCCUGGGUCCCAAUGGUAUUGAGAAGAACCUUGGCCUGGGUAAGCUCUCUGCCUUCGAGGCCAAGUUGGUUGAGAAUGCCAUUGCUGAGCUCAAGGGCAGUAUCAAGAAGGGAGAGAGCUUUGUUGCAAACAUGUAAGCUGAACACAAACAAUCUGCAUCAUUUAUUGUACAGGGAAUAAGGGACAUCAUCUGCCCUUCUCUGCUAGUGAGCGAUGGUCUUUAGUUGAUACCUGAUUAAAAUUUUCAAAAUGUUUACAUGACAUGAGAAGGUAUACCAUUAUCCCAUACUGUGUGACUGUGUGUGUUCUGUGCAUGUUUGAAUGAAUUUUGAAAUUCCAGCUGACCUUUCUGAGGCUUGGUAAAGAUUGAUCAUAUUCUGUCAUGCAGGUCUUGUGAAAUUUGUACAUUUAUCGACCAACUGUAAAUAACCAUGUGAAACAAGAUUUCAUGGCAAUAAAGAGGAAAACAGUUUAA